GUGCAAAUUCGACCGUGGCGCCUUGCAGAUGCGGAUUAUGUUGUGGAAGCCAGCAUACCACUCUGCCCUCGCCGAACAGUAUUUGUUGGCGGAGUGCCACGACCCAUCAAAGCAGUGGAGCUGGCACAUAUCAUGGAUCGCCUGUACGGAAGUGUAGCGUGCGCCGGAAUCGAUACCGAUGUCGAAUACAAAUAUCCAAAAGGCAUGCUUGCAAAUAAAGCAUCUAAUUUCACUUUCUAA